AAAACGGGUUGAAAAAUUAACCAUUUAAGAAACGGAGUAAACUUAUAGCCUUAUACAGUUAUAGGACAUCCAAAAUAAGGAUAUGGUGCAAUACCUCGUGAAUCUUGAUUUGGGUCUCUGUUAAUAGAAGAGAAAACUAAAGAGAUGAGAGUAAUUGGGGAAGGGGAAGCAGAGAGAGCGACAUCAACAACAAUGAACGAUAACGGCAACAACCAACAACAACAGUUUCAGCUCCUCAAAAUGUCGACGGCAGCCGUUGCCGGAUUACGACAUGAACCGGAGGCAGAAGGAUAACGGGCUGAUGGGGCGGCGGCGAGCAGACACGGGCUCCGGCGAGAUCAGUGGUUUCAACUCAAGCCACUACCGUGCAACAACAACAUCAAUUUCAAUGGACGGACAAAAUGGGUAGUCAUGAUUUGGAAUGUCAAGUAAUGUCAUCGUCGAUAUUCGAUACCCAUAUUUGGGGAAAUGGGUAGUCAUGAUUUGGAAUGUCUACUAUGUUUAAUAUGGAUAUAUAUAUUAUUCUUAUCUGAAGCAGGAAUUUAUUCCAAUCUGCGUAAGAAAACAUCAUAUAUAUUCCCGUCAAAAAAAUAAAAAAUUCACGUUCAGACAUAUUCUAUUAAUUUCUCAAUCGAUCAACAAUUAAACAGUUGCUGCUGUGUUGACUGUCGAGUAAGAGAGAAAACCAUGGAUGUUGUGCAGAUGUUGCAGAGGCAAUUCAUCGACUAUAUGAAGUCUUUGUACAUGGAGCGUUAUUUGGAUGAUCAGUUCAACCAAUUGCAGAAAUUAGCGGACGAGAGUAGCCCAGAUUUUGUUAUUGAAGUUGUAACCCUUUUCUUUCAAGAUUCUGAAAAGCUCCUUGACAAUUUGAGCAAAGCUCUUGAGCAGCCAGUAGUAGAUUUCAAUCAAGUGGCAAAUCAUGCUCAUCAGUUUAAGGGGAGUAGUUCUAGCAUCGGUGCACAUAGGGUCAAAAACCAAUGCGUCAAGUUUCAAGCUUAUUGCGAGGACAAAAAUCGUGAUGGGUGUCUCGCUUGUCUGCAAGAGCUGCAGCAGGAAUAUAUUGUUUUGAAAAAGAAAUUCGAAAUUCUCUUCCAGCUGGAGCAAGACAUUGUGCAAAAUGGCGGGAUAGUUCCGACCAUGGAUUAAGUAUUUUAGCAAAACCGAACAAAAAGGAAGUUAGUAGAUUGCGGUGGAUGUGUAGAUCCUUUUGUAGGUCUCCGUACACUUAGUUUCGAGAACCGAGAACCACUGUGUAUAACCAUGCCUAAAUCUAAAACUUUAGAUACCGUUUUGUUGUGACUUGUGAGAUAUUUUUCAGCUUUCAGGACAAAUGGGUGAGAUAUUAUUGCAGGACAUUCUUGAUGCAUCAUGGAAGUUGUGUACGGAGUACUUGUGUUCAGUGUUGAUAGGAGUACUUCUUUGUGGUUGACUUGCAGGCUAUUUUUAACUAGUACUCUGAUUUUAUGGAAUUGUUUCAA